UGACACGGCGGUGUUGGAUCACAGACUGCACUUGACGAGCUCAGAGAUCUUUAGGUCAUUCCCAGCCGAACGGACUCGGUGCUUUUGUGCCUCGGUUCUCACCUUUCCCCCGUGAGGAGGCAGCAGCGGGCAGGGCCGCCCCGGGCAGGGCAGGCGGGCGGUGGCCGGGCCGGAGGGCGGUGCCGGCGGCGCCGGGAGCUGCUGCGGGGCGGGACGGAGCUGGGCGCUCCCUCAGGAAGUUAUUUUAGAAGGAGAGAAUACAUCUGAGAAACAAGAUGUCUCAUGCUGGGAGUCGAUACCAAGAUAAGCAGUACAGGCACCAUGAGAACCAUAGAUCUGAUAGAUACAAGGAAGAGAGAAGAGCAAGAAAACCAUACCCAUACAAUGCAAGAGACAUCCGAGGUGGCCAGCACUCAAGGACUUCUACUGUUUACUCAGAUCCUUACUCUAAAACUCCAGGAGCAGCACAGGAGUAUUUUGGCCCACCACUAGAGUUUUAUCCUCCCAAGGAAAGCUUCUCAAUGAAGUGUUCAAAGGUAUGCACAACAAGAGGUAUUUUGAAGUUUGUGGAAAUCACAGUUAACAUCCUGGUGCUGAUUUGCGUGGGCGCUUCCCAAGCCUCCGUUGCAGGCUUCACGUCCCUUGGAGGCCUCGGAUCCUUUAACCUGAAUUCGGCCUACAGCCCCUUUGAGGGCACGGAGCUGCGGGAGGUGAGGGAGCUGGACAUGCACUUCACCCAGAUGAGAGCCCCUUGCGUGUAUGGCGGAGUGGCCUUCAGCUUAACAGCGGCCACGCUCACCCUCGUCUUCCUCGUUGUGGGGGCAAAACCCAUCCAGCAGCUCCGGCCAGGGCUGCUGGUGGGCGAAGGUGCCUUCAGCCUGCUGGCCGGCCUGGCGUACCUGGCGGCCGUGGGGCUCUACCUGCACUUUGUCACGCAGGUGAACGCCACCGAGGUGUGCAGGAGGCGCGAGCGGCUCUACGCACGCCGUGGCUACACCUCCAUGAACUGCGCCGUGCAGGGCGGCGAUGCGGCCGUCGGCCUCUUCGGGGUUGUCGCUUCCUGCCUGUACUUUGCCAGCUUUGUGCUCUCCAUCCUUGCUAUCCGCACCGUGCGGGCCUUCCAGAGCCACACGGCCAAGGCUCAGCACAGCCCCAAGGACAGCGUUGGAGACAGAAGCGUCAGAAACCACCACGCCCUGCACAGGACCUCUGAAAGCUCCCACAACAUUCAGGCUCUCGCCACGUUAGUGUGAAAUCAGCUCUGGGGCUGUGCCAGAGAACUGAGGCUUCAGCAAAGGAUGGACACUGGCAAACAGGCAACCAGACCACAGGAUAUUUUCCUGUAAGGUGCUGAAGUGUGUAUUGAAUCACCGAUUAUAACCAUGCUGCUACAACAUGACGUAAUAAAAUCGACAUUGAGUGACUGUUUUAGCAAGGGUUUUCACACUGGUCUCUCAAGCUGGACUCCUGCAUUUAAAAUGCAUUUGAUUGUAAUGUUUUCAUCCUGCACAGAGAAAAUCCAAACAGCAGUGGGCUUUUAACAGGUUACAGCUGCGUUGCUGCCAAACUUGUGCUAACAACCACUUCCUUUCCUCUCCCGUGACACAGGGAAUUGAAUACAGCUAGGAUGGGCAGCUUUCAAGAGAUCCUGUGCCUGUUGUGUGUUCUGGUCCUUUAUCCUACAGUGCUUACAAAGCAAAGGACAUCCGAGUGCCUCUCAGAAAUCGUGUCCGAAGUUACACUUGUGACCUUUUUUGCCUGGGCUAGUGAAGCGUUUUAUCUUCUGAGUCACGGGGGUUGACACAUGCCGAUCAUGUGCUCCCUGAGGAAUGCCGCUGGGGGGAACUAGCUGCAAUGUCAAAGGCAGCAUUCAGGGUCUUAGCCAGUUUCCUAGUACAUUUUCCUAUCUCACUGAGCGCAGAUCAGAACCUGAGAGGCAUCACAGUGGCCAGGUAUCAGCUUAGUAAAGAUACCAUUUGUUUCUGUAAGCACCUAAACAAGGUUUGGCUUGCCGACUCCACAGCCUCUGGUGGGCAGAGCCUGAAUCGGGAACACGCUGCCUGCCCUGGGAAUGCUGUAACAAUGACAGAAAGUACAUGCAUCCUUCCAAUAUCUAAACAGGCAAAGCAUGAGUGAACAGCAGUAAUUGUAUGCCCCAGGGUUGAGAAAAUAAAUUUAAGAGAACAUC